AAAUUCAAAUAGAGUUUAAAUUUAAUAAAAACAAUUAAUAUUUUUUUCGACUGAUAUGAAAUUUAACCACAGUUGACUUAGUGUUUGGUAGGUUUGACUGAUUUUGUUUUGCAUCCUAUUUAAACCUCGUCCAUCUCGUGUAUCUCCUUCCCUCUCACAGAGAAGUCUCUGGCAACUCUGAGCGACCACCAAAACUCCCAACGACACCAAAUUUCAUAGAACUGAAGGAUCUUCUCCACCUCCAAUUCUCCUCCAUUUCUGCAUUUACGGUUCCUCAAAUUCCGUUCCGGUGAAUUUCAAAAACAAAUGGAACCGUCAUCUUCUUCCUCCGGUUCGGUGAAAGUUUCGCUGGUCGAUCUGAUGUCAGCAAUAAUAAAGGCCAAAAUGGACCCUUCCAAAACAGCUGCUGAGAUGGCCACCAUCCUUCUCGAGAACAAGGAGUUCGUUAUGAUUUUAACUACCUCAAUCACGCUGCUCAUCGGCUGCGUCGUCGUUUUAGUCUGGCGUAGAUACGCUUCUCAAAAACCUAAACAAAUCAACCCUCCUAAGCCUUUGCUCGUUAAAGUGCCCGAACCCGAAGUCGAUGAUGACAAGAAAAAAAUCAGCAUUUUCGUCGGUACUCAAACCGGCACCGCUGAAGGCUUCGCCAAGGCUUUAGCUGAGGAGGCAAAAGCGCGCUAUGAUAAGGCGACGUUUAAAGUUGUAGAUUUGGAUGAUUAUGCGGCGGAUGAUGAUGAAUACGAGGAGAAGAUGAAGAAAGAGAGUUUGGCCCUUUUCUUCUUAGCCACAUAUGGAGAUGGUGAGCCGACUGAAAACGCAGCUAGGUUCUAUAAUUGGUUAAUUGAGGGAAAAGAGAGGGGAGAAUGGCUUCAGAACUUGAAGUACGGAGUUUUUGGCCUCGGUAAUAGACAGUAUGAACAUUUUAACAAGGUUGCAAAGGUGGUUGAUGACAUCCUUACUGAGCAGGGAGCAAAGCGCCUAAUUCCUUUGGGUCUUGGAGAUGAUGAUCAUUGCAUUGAAGAUGACUUUUCUGCAUGGUGUGAACUAGUCUGGCCUGAGUUAGAUCAGCUUCUGCUUGAUGAAGAUGAUGCAACAACUGUUUCUACCCCAUACACUGCUGCUGUGUUGGAAUACCGUGUUGUAUUUUAUGAUCCUGCAGAUGCACCUCUUGAGGAUAAGAACUGGAGCAAUGCAAAUGGUCAUACUAUUUAUGAUGCUCAACAUCCAUGCAGGUCUAAUGUUGCUGUGAGGAAGGAGCUUCAUACUCCUGCAUCUGAUCGUUCUUGCACCCAUCUUGAAUUUGACAUUGCUGGCACAGGACUUUCAUAUGAAACAGGGGAUCAUGUUGGUGUUUACUGUGAGAAUCUAGAUGAAGUUGUAGAGGAAGCAUUGAGAUUAUUGGGGUUAUCACCAGACACCUAUUUCUCUGUUCAUACUGAUAAAGAGGAUGGUACUCCACUUGGUGGAGGCUCUUUGCCUCCUCCUUUCCCACCUUGCACUUUAAGGACAGCACUGGCACGAUAUGCUGAUCUUUUGAGCUCGCCGAAAAAGUCUGCCUUACUUGCUUUGGCUGCUCAUGCCUCUGAUCCAAUUGAAGCUGAUCGACUAAAACACCUUGCAUCGCCUGCUGGAAAGGAUGAAUAUGCACAAUGGAUGGUUGCAAGUCAGAGAAGCCUCCUUGAGGCCAUGGCUGAAUUUCCUUCAGCCAAGCCUCCACUUGGCAUCUUUUUUGCAGCUGUUGCUCCAAGGUUGCAGCCUAGAUACUAUUCUAUCUCAUCCUCGCCAAGGAUGGCCUCAUCUAGAAUUCAUGUAACUUGUGCAUUGGUUUAUGAGAAAACACCAACGGGUCGUAUUCACAAAGGAGUUUGUUCAACUUGGAUGAAGAAUUCUGUGCCCUCGGAGAAGAACCAUGACUGCAGCUGGGCACCUAUUUUUGUCAGGCAAUCAAACUUUAAACUUCCAGCAGAUACUAAAGUGCCCAUUAUUAUGAUUGGCCCUGGUACUGGAUUGGCUCCUUUCAGGGGAUUCCUUCAGGAAAGACUUGCCCUAAAAGAAGCUGGAGCUGAACUAGGUCCAUCUGUAUUGUUCUUUGGCUGCAGGAACCGGAAAAUGGACUAUAUUUAUGAAGAUGAGCUCAACAACUUUGUCAACAGUGGUGCACUUUCUGAGCUUGUGGUUGCUUUUUCUCGCGAGGGACCUACUAAGGAAUACGUGCAGCAUAAAAUGAUGGAGAAGGCCUCAGACAUCUGGAACAUGAUUUCUCAGGGAGGUUACAUAUACGUGUGUGGUGAUGCCAAGGGCAUGGCUAGGGACGUCCAUCGAACUCUACACACUAUUUUGCAAGAGCAGGGAUCUCUAGACAGCUCAAAGGGAGAGAGCAUGGUGAAAAAUCUGCAAAUGAGUGGCAGGUAUCUACGUGAUGUAUGGUGAUGAUUACCAUGAAAAUACAAAAAGAAAUUGCAUAAACUAUAUUUAUACAUAUACCGAGGUCAUAUCAUUUGGAUGAAAAAGGCUCGAGAGAAGGCUACCUGUAAAACCAUCUCUGCCCCUAAAUUGGUGGAGAUUAAAUUUGUUCAUUUUUACCGCUACAAUAUGAUGGGUUUUUUUUUAAGGUUCAUGUAAUUUAUGUAUAUAAAUAAUUAUUAAAUUAGAGGAUUAGCUACAGGAAUGGAAUAAUUAACCGGCCGGCGAAAGAAAGGAGGUUCAAAUGACAAGCAAAUGUUGUUGUUGUUGUUAUUUCUCCUACUACAUGUAACUGAAUGGACAUGUAAUUGAAGUUUAGAAUCUCAAGUGAUUGCUGCUAGUGGUGGACGUGGGCGCUGGAAAAAGUCAAAUUGCGCCUCCAUUGCGCCUGCAUUUUACUCUGCAUUUGCUGUUACGAAAAAGUUUGUGAUGUAUGCUUGUGCUUGCUUAAUAAUUCAACAAUGACUUUUCAAUGAAAGGCAAAUGAUUUAAAUAUUGUUUCUUCUCGUAUUCCAACAAAUUCGUUACUCAAAAAAUUCUUCGGACUUGAAGUUUAUAAAGCGGAAA